AUGGAGGACACGCCGCCGCCCAAGAAGAAGCAGAAGAGCUACACCGUCCGCGAGAAGCGCGAAGCGGCCCGCCUCGUCGAAGAUGUAGGGGUGGAGGAGGCAGCCCGCGAGCUCCAACUUGCUCGGGGCACUGUCCAUAGCUGGUGGAAGCAAGCUGAAAAGCUUUUUAGCUUCACUGGCCACUCCACCGCUAAGUCCCUGAAGGGCCAGGGCCACAGGGAAGUAUUUCCCGACAUUCUUGCGGUCGUCACCUUCAUGAGGACGUGCGGCGCGAAGAGAAGGCCCUCACUACACGUGGCAUUCUGGGCAAUCGAGAGCGAGCAUGGUUUUACCUCCCAGAAGCCACAAACGGCAAAGAAAAGCACCGAGGAGUUAGAGCAAACGCGCGCCGAGUUCGCGCUGGACUUCUGGAAGACGCACGCCGCGUACGGGCCGGAGGGCAUGUACAACGUGGACGAGACUGCCAUCCAUUUUGACAUGCCUCCGGCUCGGAUGUGGGCGGGUAGAGGUCGGCGGGACGCUGCGAGGGUUGCGAACACGUCCAAGCACACCGGCCGCAUGACGGCUGUGCUCACGAUUCGAGCUGAUGGGAAAAAGCUGCCGAUUCUGUUUGUUCUGCGUGGCAAGCUGGGCGCACGGCUGUUUGCCAGCCGCUGA